GGUAUUUUGGAACUCGCUUUUCCGGAUUACUAGACGAAUUAUAAAAGAAAACUUAUUUCCAUAAGUGAAAAUGACGCUUUAUCACUUCGGUAAUUGUGCGGCCUUGGUGUACGUGCCGUACUACUUCACCUAUAAAUACUCCGGCCUGUCCGAGUAUGGUGCGUUUUGGAAAUGUGUACAGGCGGGUGGCAUCUAUGUGUUUACACAGCUCUGCAAAAUGCUCGUCCUAGCAACAUUCUUCCCCGACACGGACACCUUUAGCGAGGGGGCACCGUUCAAUUUCAUUGCCGAAUUUUUACGCUGCAGUGUAGAUCUCGUCGACUUCCUGGGUCUCGCGUUCGUGCUGUCGAGAAUUCCGGGCAAGGGACACAGUAAACUGAUCACCGCCGGGUUAGGCUGGGCUACGGCGGAAGUGAUUCUUUCCCGCGGUCUGAUGCUGUGGGUCGGUGCUAGGGGAGCGGAAUUUUCCUGGAUCUACAUUCAAAAGUGUCUGGAAUCGAAUGUACUUCUGGUGCAACAUCUGUCGACGGCGACACUACUGUGGUUGUUUUCGCGCCAUGAUUUGGAUAAAAAAUUCGUUCCACUAGUGGUGCUGCUGCUGGUGGCAACGUCGUACCGUGGCGUUUGGUUAGAGGGCACCCUGCACGCAAUGUCUGCUGGGCCAUGGCUUAGCUUGGCACUGAAAGCUCUCAUUACAAGCGGUAUGGGUGUCGGUACGCUGCACAUCUACUCCGGGCUGGCGCAGCAGAUUGGUUUGUAGAAAGG